AUGGCUGAACAGGAAGGUAGCCAUACCCGUGAGGUUGGUGGAGGUCCUCAACCUGGUAAAGUAAAUACUCCAGUAUCUCCUCGUGAGAAGCGACUAUUGGGUAAACUUACUGACAAGGCUAAUUAUGCUUCUACUAUGCUCGUCGGAGAAGCCUUGGUCUGGUGGGAAGCCACAUAUGAAGCUCUCAACGAGUAUGACCAGGAGAAUUUAUCGUGGGAGAUGUUCAAAACUCGUUUGCUAGAGAAGUAUUGUUCUCUAGACAUGAGGAGGAGAUUGGAGAAAGAGUUUCUUGAGCUUAAGCAAGAAGGAAUGACCGUGAAUGAGUAUGAAACUCAAUUCAAUCAAAGAGCACGCUUUGCCACAAAGUAUAUCCUAACCGAAGACGAUAAAAUUCAGUUAUUCUUGGAUGGACUACGGUAUGAGAUUCGCGAUUUCGUAGCUAAUCAGGAUGUUUUGUCCUUUGACAAAGCUGAGAGUAUGCUUGAAAGCCAUCCACGUAUCGAUCAAACUGUUUCUGUUACCUUUAUUCCACCAACUCGAUCUAUUCAAUCUGAUUCUAAUACAAGAGAGCAAUCUCAGAGCUCCAUUCAUGGUCGCGAUAGAUCACAAUCUUUUUCUAUUCAAUCGCCAUCAUGUCGCAUUUGUGGAAGGAAUCAUCCGGGCCAAUGCAAAAUAGACAAGGAAUCCGUUGUCUAUUAUGGAUGUGGAGAAAUAGGUCACAUAAGGCCGGCUUGCCCAAGGAAGGAUGUUACUUGUUAUGCAUGUGGUAUUACUGGCCACAAGAAGCGUUUUUGGCCCACUCUUACAAGUCAAAUGGCGGGGAGUCAAGCUUCCGUUCAACAAGGAAAGAAUACUCCAAAGGAGGAGGUGCUAAAAGCUAAGGGCCGUGCAUUCUAG